AUGCGGGAGAACAUUGCGAGUCCUUCCCCCGCCUUUUAUACGUUGUCUGUGCUGCGACAAGCCUGCAUGAGCAGCAUGACUGACGCUACGCGAGCCCAGGCGGAGCCAUUCGCCAACCCCAAUUUUCGCGCGACGCGGUCGCGUCGCGGCACUCCACCCGCCUUGGAAAGGACACACAUUUCAAAUACACGCCGCAAUUUCCGCACCCGUUGA